AUGAGUCGUGCUACUCAUCCACACAAUUUUCAUCCAACUAUAGUUAAACAACAAUAUAAUCCACAUGAUGUAUGGGCUUUUGAAAAUCAAUGGCAAACAAAAUUGUUUUCUUGUAAACCAAUGAGUCGAUGUUGUUUUGCAUGUUUUUGUUUCUGUUGCAUGGGUUGUAAAUUAGCAAAACGUUUAGGUGAAACAACAAUUAUUGGUUGUUGUCCAUGUUCAUUAGCUUAUCUUCGAACAAAAUUGCGAACAGCACGACGAAUUGAAGGUUCAUGUUGUGGUGAUCUUUGUGCAUCAGAUUGUUGUUGUGCAUGUGUAGCAACACAAAUGGCAAGUGAACUUGAAUCUCAAGGAAUGUGGGAUAUUUCGGAACCAAAAAAGAGUAAAAAUCCUCGAAAUGAACGUUAUAAUCAAUAUAAUGGUUAUAAUUAA